CUGUUUGUGGACGGAAGCUGCUAAAUAAGUAACUUUUCCUGCUACAGUGAUCUCCACCAUGGUACUCGUCGACUCCGACUCGGUGCUUAUUGUUCGUGUCAAAGGACCGCUGGAGUUCAGGUGUCUGCUGGACAGCACAGAUGUGGAGCGUGCGCACAAGAUAAUCUCGACAACCUUUCAGAACCUGCGCUCCCAGGUGAAGUCGGACUUCGUUGUUCUGGCGGUCCCUGACAGUCCUGUUUUUAUUUGGCCAAACAAAGACGUUUAUGUGGAAACGUCUCCAGACACUCCGUGUGAAGAUGUACUUCAGUGGACACGAACAGAUGAACACGAUUCGAGCGGGAAAAGAUGUGCACGAAAGAAGAACAGAAAAGGUUUGGCAGCGAGCGUCUUGAACCUUUCCCUGGUGAUGGAAGUGACGAGACCAGGCUGCCUCGCGGCUCCAGUCCUCAGGAAAACCCUUCAGAAAUCCCACUUCCUGUCUGCAACCCUCCCCAUGGACUGUGUCGUGCGCACCAGCUGCAGCACCACCAUCAAAGAAGCCUGCUCCCAGCUACUGGAGGCGCUGACCCACCAGUUGUGUGAGAUGGAGAAGCUGACCCUGCAGCACAUGAAGGGGGUGACGCUGCUCCUCCCAGAGCCACUCCACUUCCUCCUACCAGAACCCAUCGGGCUGGUGACGGUGCUGUUUCCUGCAGGAGUGUCUGACAAAGAGCUGGAGACCCAACGAAGGGAGUUGCAUCAGCAGUUUGAUUUGCCAGAUGACUGGCCUUACUUCAGAAGAACCAACGUUUACCACUUCCCCAAUGAGCCCUAUGGGGACGGUUAUCUCCGAAACCCUCACAGCGUUCUCACACACCCUACCCUGGAUGACGGAAAGGUGUUCUUGGUGCGGGGGGUCUACAGCUACCACCACUACAUGCAGGACCGUAUCAGUGACGAUGGCUGGGGCUGCGCCUAUCGCUCCCUGCAGACCAUCUGCUCCUGGUUCCAGCAGCAAGGUUUCGUGGAGCGCUGCGUGCCCUCUCACAGGGAGAUCCAGCAGGCCUUAGUUGAUGCUGGAGACAAACAGGGGCCCUUCCUGGGGUCUCGUCAGUGGAUCGGAUCCAUUGAGGUCCAGAUUGUUCUGAACCAUUUGCUCGGGAUCACGUCCAAGAUCCUGUUUGUGAGUCAGGGAUCUGAGCUGGCGUCUAAAGGCAGAGAGCUGGCCAACCACUUCCUCACUGAAGGAACUCCUGUGAUGAUCGGUGGAGGAGUUUUGGCUCACACUAUCCUGGGCGUGGCGUGGAGCGAGACGACGGGGCAGAUCCGGUACCUCAUUCUGGACCCGCAUUACACCGGAGGAGAAGACCUGCAGGUUAUUACAGAGAAGGGCUGGUGCGGCUGGAAAGGACCGGAGUUUUGGGACCAAACGGCGUAUUACAACCUCUGUUUGCCUCAGAGGCCCAGGGUUAUCUAAAUCUGAAGUAUUUAUAUGACUAUUUAAGUAAUUUUCAUUAAAUGCUUCAUGAAUUUUUGCCUCUAAAGAAGUCCAACAACCAGAGAUCGUGUUGAAGAUAAACUGUUGUAUUUGGCAUUGAUUUGUCAAAGAACGGUAAAAAAAUGCAGAUUAGCCUUUUUGAAGAAUAAUUUAUAGUGAAAGUGUCAAUUUUACUGUUUACUGUUACUAUUAGUUGGACAAAUAAGCUCCUAAAAGUGACACUAAA